GAUAUUGAGGUGGACAACGGAAAGUGGAGCUACACCAAUAUUGACUGCGCUCAACAGCUUCUAUUUCUUUGUCUGAAAUAUAAUGAAAAUAUCACCAGUGAUCAUGAAAAAAGGUCCACCUCGACCACAGCAGGCGAAUUAUCUGAAGACAUAUCGACCAAUUCAAUUCAGUCAUCUGAGCUUAGCUCAAAGUAUCCUACUGAGGUUCAAACUUCCAUUCCUCCUCUUCAAUCGUCUACAUCAUUUGACAAAGCGGCGAUGUUGAGUACCGGUACUGUUGGAGCUUUAGCCGGUCUAUUUGUUGCUGUCUUUGCAUUGACCUUUUUGGUUCUCCUCUUCCGGCUUUAUAGAAAAAAGCGUAAACACAAGCUACCUGAUUCCGAGAAUGAAGUUCAGCAACCACAUUCGUCCGAGACCGUCAAUAAUUUGUAUACUGAUAUGAUGCAUGCACCUGGCACUAACCGGACACAAAAUGACGUCGUGCUAACAACUACAACAAAUGGUGUCCGUAACGAUAUGAUGCUGGUGUCUGGAACUAAUCGGAACCAGAAUGACGACGUCUUAACAACUACAACUACAACAAGCGUUGUUCGUAAUGAUGAUAUCUAUGUAGAAAAUGAAGAGGGAGAGUAUGACCAUUUACAUUCCAGUCGUCCAAAACAAGUUGUAUCAGAAAUGGAAGAUGAGAGAUUUGCAACAUCUACGGAGCUGGAAAAUGCCUCUUAUUCUACAGUUGGAAAAAUCAGGAACUCUGUUCCAGAUUGUGAUAACGAGUACGAUAGCAUGGCAGCGUCUUUAGACAACAAUUUCCGAUCAGUUGCCAAUUCGGGCUACGAAUUUUGCUACCAGUCAAGACAAAGAAAGGAUUGUUAGGGUUAACCGUCUGUUAUUCUUGAAAUAUGCAUUAAGUGUUUGAUCAGUUCCUUCAUAAAGCAGAGUUAAUCUUCAUCUAUAAACACAGUGAAAUAAUGCUUACAAAACAUAUUUAAGGUCAAGAUUUAUUUUUUUUAACUUGCCUUUAAAAUGGUUUUAGUAAUAUCAAAUUGUGUAUUCUAAUCAAUAGAUCUUGUUGAUAGACAUGCCUUAUAGGACCCAGUUUUUUGUUUUGAUUUUGGUUUUGACCUCAUAGCAAUGAGUGCGUUACAUGUUAUAUGUAUAACAAUAAUAGUAUAAUACAAAUCCUCUUAAAACCUUAUAAAAUAUCUAUUUU